CCCGGGCCCAGGUGCGCGCAGUGCGCAGCCCGCGCGGCAGGUGGCGGCGUCUCACCGAACCCAGCCUGUCCCCUGGCUAGCGCGAGUUGGUCCUGGACCCCGCGGGGACAGCGUCCUGCCCAGCCCCGGGUGCCGGCCUCCGGGGAAUGGAUUGUGGACAGCGCGCAGCGGUUGGGUUGCCAGCUAAGUUCCCCAGCAGGGUGCAGCCCCUGGGGGGCGCACUUGGCUUCCAGCUCCGGGGGUGACACUCUGGCCGCCCGGGACCGCCGCGCUGCCCUGCCCCGGAGGUGCGGCGACCUCUGGAGCCCUGGUCCCGGCAGAGGGGGAGCUGUAGGGCGGGAAGGCGCCGCGGCCGCACGAGAUGGGCAGGGCAGGGCAGGGCCUGGCAGCUCAGGGUUACCGCCUCCGCGAACUGCCCGGCCCCCUCGGGCCUCUCCGCUCGCCCUGUAGUGCAGCGGGCAGGCGGGCAGGGGACUGGGCGCCCGCGGGCUGGGACCGCAUGGGGCUCCCGCGCGGCCGACUCCUCCGGCUACUACUCCUGCUCGUCGCCGCCUGCUCAGGGAUCCUCUUUGCCCUGUACUCCUCGCCGGUGGAGCAGUUCCCGGAGCCCUGGUCCGGAGCCAGGGACACCAUGACACCUCGAGAAUUCUUUGGACCCAAGGCAUCAAAUUCUGGGACCAGAAAGAGCCAGCUCUGCCAACGCCCUCUUUCCCUGGCCGUCAGGCAGCACCGCCGCUUCCGGAGCCUGUUUGAUCUGUCCACACCAGUGCUGCUGUGGGGCGGCCUCUUUACCUCAGAGCUCUGGGACAGCCUGAGCCGGCACAAAGCCCCCUAUGGCUGGCAGGGGCUCUCCCACCAAGCCAUCACCUCCACCCUGAGCCUCCUGAACAGAUCUGAGAGCGCAGAGCUAUUUGUCCCCUCCAGGGAGCCCCCUCCGAAGUGCAUCCGGUAUGCUGUGGUGGGUAACGGAGGCAUUCUGAAUGGGUCCCGUCAGGGUCUGAAUAUUGAUGCCCAUGACUAUGUGUUCAGACUCAACGGAGCAGUGAUCAAAGGCUUUGAGCGUGAUGUGGGCACUAAGACCUCAUUCUAUGGUUUCACUGUGAACACCAUGAAGAACUCCCUCCUCUCCUACCGACACCUGGGCUUCACCUCUGUGCCGCAAGGACAGGACUUGUGCUACAUCUUCAUCCCCUCAAGCAUCCGUGAGUACCUGAUGCUAAGAUCGGCCAUUCUGGGUGUGCCUGUCCCCGAGGGCCCAGAUGAAGGAGACAGGCCUCAGACUUACUUUGGACCCGAAGCUUCUGCCAGUAAAUUCAAGCUACUGCAUCCAGACUUCAUCAGCUACCUGAAAGAGAGGUUUUUGAAAUCACAGUUGAUUAACAGAGGUUUUGAAGAUAUAUACAUGCCUAGUACUGGGGCCCUCAUGCUGCUGACAGCUUUGCACACCUGUGACAAGGUCAGUGCUUAUGGAUUCAUCACCCACAACUAUGGGAAAUAUUCUGACCACUAUUUUGAAAGAGAGAAGAAGCCACUGAGAUUCUACGCAAACCACGACCUGCGCCUGGAAGCCACCCUGUGGAGGGAUCUACACAAGGCCGGCAUCCUUUGGCUGUACCAGCGCUAACUCCAAAGUGCAGAUUCCUCUGCUUCUUGCAGAGCUAUGACUCAAGUAGCCAAAGCCUUUUUCUUCAACCUUUGAAAGGUGCUCCAAGUCCUCAACUCUCUCCUUCCCAGUAAAGGUCACUGAGGUGAACCUGGGACUGCCAUCAAAGCCAUUCAAUGCAGGGAAAGUAAACUCCAGUCUGACAGACGUCUUCACAUGGUCUCGGGAAAGUGGACUGCUUUGUUGGAUUUGUCUUACAACUGAACACUCCCAAGAUGAGACAGCAAGAUGUAGCCAGCUAUCCCUGAGCCAAGCAGCUCAAAGCCAUCAGUACAUACCCACUUUCAGAAUGUCAGCGAGCCCAGUCAGGGCCUAUCAGUAACGAAGACCAAGCAGUGGGUGCAGGGAAAUACUUCUCCCCAGCCCAACCUUGCCACUAAAUGUUGUCUCCACACCAACGCCAAAGCUAUUCAACUUGUAACACAAAACCUCUGCUUUAGGAUCAAGUAGGAGAACAAAGAGUAGAGGGAAAUUUGAGACUAGAUAAUUGCAUAAAUGAUGGACGACCAUUUUGUCUUUUUUUGUUGGGAGAAAGAAAACAGAAAAUGCAGGGUGUUUGGCAUGCAGAAUCCGGAACAAGCACUGGUGGGUACACCUCAGUGGAAAGGUGCUUGCCUAGGCCAAGUUCUAUUUUCAGCACCAGAGGAAAAAAACCCAAAUGCAACCGUGAGAGAUCCUGCUGUGUGGGCGUCAACUGCAGGGAAGUUAUCUGCCACCGAGUGAAGUCCCUCUAGAGAUGUAACAGCUUGCUAAGAGGACAUUACUGGAUGUUGAACCCUCACAUCAUGACCUUAAUAAAUUUGAGUCUAGCUAGCUGAUAGGCAGUUUCUUAGUUUUGUGGGCUUCAAAAUGGAUUUUAAUUCUAACUGGGUUACACACAGCCCUUGACCAAGCCCUAUUCUCCAGCUUACCAACUAGUGACUUUGGCUUUUAGCAGUCUGAUAUGCUUUACUGCACAAAGCAGAGGGAGAUGUCUCCCCAGGUACAGGUGGGCAUACUUCCCAAAGCAACAUCGGCACGGGCCAAUUCACCAGGGCCCGGGAACUAGCCUCUCGACUCUGUGGUUUUGGAAGACUGACUAUCAGCUCUGAGAAGAGAUGGGGAUGAACUCCAUCACCAGAGACAUAACAGAACUUUAGAAACCCAGAGACAUCUGAUGAACAGAAUGGAUGGAUAUUUGGGCUUUAAAUACUAAACAGCUACUUGGGAAAGUUUAUAGCAUCCCAGAGAACAGGAAUCAGACGAGAAAUCAUUAUUCUUCAGUUACUGGUGUUAGGACGAGGAUUCCCAUCUAGCUUUCCCUUGGCAUCACCACAGUCCCUGACAUCCCAUCCUAUCGCUCACACAGUGACAGAGAAGCCCUAUUGCCUGGUACCCCAGCAGUGCCUUGACACUCCACUUUGCUCCAUCCCACCAAAUCUGCAGAUGCCAGGAGUACAAUGCUUCAUUAAAUUCCAAGUAAAAGCAAAAGCAAUGUUUGUAGGUGGCAUUCGUGGGGGUACAAUUUAGCAGGCAACUAUGAAAACAGAAAACACCAGGAUCAAAUUCUAUCACUGCGGCUAAGUAUUGUCCUGCAAAAAUCCUAAGAAUGUGUCUUCCAAAAGUCAAAGAACAAGUAACCCACAAGGUAGUGAGUCAAUUAAAACAACUUUAUUUGUGAUUCAAAGUCUAAAACCAAGACACUGGCUAAGAAAUCCACCUGAGUCUUACCCAAACUGAACAUGUUUUCCUGUUUCCCAGCAGAGUAUAUACAGGUCAAUUUCAAUUUGCAAUCUCUGCAGUCCCUCCUGUACUUGAGAUUAUGCCCAGGCUACCUAAACUGGAUUCUGAAUGUUCUUGUACUCCAACUUCACUAACGGCCAAAGGUUUCUUAGAUGAAACCUACACAGAAGACAGGUGAAGCAGGCCUGUGUGAUCCGUCCAGCACCACUGGGAAAUAACCUGUAAAAGCAAACAGGAAGUGAACAGCCAACUAUGUGACUCAAAACUGAAGCUGGUUUUUUUUUUCCUGGUGUUAGUAGGGAUUAAACCCAAGGCCUUUGAACUGAACUAAACUGUAUCUGCAGCCAUUUACUUUGAGACAGGGUCGGUAAAUUACCCAGGCCAGGCUCGAAUUUGGCAUUCUGCCUCAGACUCCCAGAAUGCUGAGAUCAUAGGCAUGUGCCACCAUGCCCAGCUGAAAGAUAGAACUUAAGAAUUUGGAAGCAAAAAAGGGCUAUCAGGCUAGGACUCAUUGUAACCAUUAUUUAUGGACAUAUGUGUGUUCAGAGAACACAUCUGGGCAGAAUCAAGUUUCAAUGCAAGGCAGGGGAUAUAGCUCAGUGGCACAGCACCUGCUUGGCAAGCACAAGGUCCUGAGUUCGAUUCCCAGUACCCCUCCCAAAAAGUUUCAAUGCAAGCUGGUAAGAUUUCAAGCUGACUAGUUUCAAGGAGUGUCUAAGAUAAAAUAAAAGUUCUUGCUAAGUGGUAA